AUGUCAACAUCGAGAACUUUCGGGAAAGCCCGCGAAGUUUCGUCCGCCAUUAUCCGGCCCAGGCUAGUCAGCUACUACACAGGAAACCCGAUUUUGACUUUUCACUUCAAAUAUACGAACGCAAACAUGGCGGACUCCAGUAAAAGUGUUGCAGAAGAAAAUGUUCUCCAUCCUCUAGAAUUCUUACAGACUUUGGAUAAAAUGAGGGUCUCAGGGGAAGGAUGUGAUGUUACUCUCAAGGUGACAGACCAGUCGUUUCCUGGACAUAAACUAGUUUUGGCAGCAAACUCCACAUAUUUCCGCGCGAUGUUUGGUUUGCGCGAAGGGUUCGUUGAAAGUAGCAAAAAUGAUGUUGUGCUACAUGAUUUGGAUCCAAAAGGCGUUAAUGCUGUCAUCAGUUACUUUUACAACUCCAAGAUCGAAAUCAAUGCCGAUAACUUCGAAGCCGUGUUUGCCGUUGCGAACAUGUGGGACGUGAAGUUUGUGCUGACAGCGUGUGAGAACUAUCUUCGGGUUCAUCUGUCAGCGAGCAACUGUCUCGGAUUUCAAAUUCUAGUGCACCAAAGCUCUGCCUUCUCCGAAAAUUUUAGGACUCUUCUAGAUGACUUUGUCAAUAAGAAUUUUAUGGUGAUUUGUCAACACGAGGAAAUGCUUAUCAUACCCGUGGAACAUCUGGAGAAGAUCCUCAAGGGUGAUGAGUUGUGUGUGAAAUCUGAAGAGAUCGUUUGCCAAGCUGUACUAAGGUGGUUGCGACAUGAUGUUACAGGUCGUAAACAAAAUGCUGCAAGAUUGCUCUUAGCCGUUCGCUUAGGUCUUCUCAGUGACAGUUUUAUUACAUUAGUUUUGUUUCAAAAUGAUGUCAUACAAUGUUCAGAUGAAUGUAAAAACUUGCUAAGACAAGUGCUGCAUCAUUCGGAAUCUUUACCAGCAUACUUAUGGCAAGCAAGACAUCUAUCUGCUCUUUAUCUAUUUGGUGGAUACUUAAAUAACACAAAUCCCCUCCAAAAAGCCAUACUUUCCUCUGCAUUCGUUGAAUAUCUUGACUUCCAUGGCAAGAAAUGGGAAAAGCUCUAUGAAAGUUUUGUGGACGAAGCAGCCUGGCUCUACUUCAGAGCUGUUUGUACCAAAAAUUUUAUAUACAUCAUUGGGGAGAGAGUCAUGAGAUACUCUAUAGCAACAAAAGAAUGGCAAGAUCUAAAUGUUGAAAUGCCUCUGCGCAACUAUAUCAUACACUGUGGGUUGGUUGCGCACGGUGAAACAAUAUAUGCAAUAGGGGGUCUUUGCAAUGCCAUCAAAUUAUCAAGUGAUGUUACCCAACAAAGUCUAACAUGGGAAGGUUUACCCCAGACAGUUGUAGAUCAUUAUCGCCCAGGAGUAUGCUUGCUUGGUGAUAAUGUGUUUGUCGUUGGUGGGUGUGACAGGGCUCAUAGUGAUGCUCAUACUGUAGUUGAGCAGUUGGACAUCUCUGAUCCUCAUGCUGGAUGGGCAGGGGUGGUAUCCCUGACCACACCCAGAUGGGGAUUAGGUGCUGUGGUGCUGAAUAAGAAGAUCUUUGCUGUUGGAGGGUUCGACACAGAUAACCGAGCCCCCAUCGGUACAGUAGAGGUUUAUUCCCCUCGGAACGAUACUUGGACACAAAUUAAACCCCUUAACAGGGCACGCCGUCGAUUUGGAAUAGCCGAAGUUGAUGGUACAAUUUUUGUUGCUGGUGGCUUUAGUGAGGAUAGUAGCACUAAUAGCACUUCCCUAAAGACCACAAACUCAGAAAAAUCUUCAACCGGAACACAAUCAAAAUCAGUUAUAGCUGCAUGAGCAACACCAAGCAGAUAAUUGACGGCCACAACAAACGCAUAAUCGCCUCAUCAAUAACAACCGAAGACGCCCCUACCUCCCUCGCCACCGCCAAUAACAAAACAUGCAACUGCAGACAAAAGAACGCGUGUCCCCUUGACGGAAACUGCCUCCAAUCAUCUGUUAUCUACCAAGCUACUGUAACAAGAAAGGACAACAACACCUCCGAAACCUACGUAGGACUAACC